CAUGUGAAAACCCUAAUCUCGCCGGAAAGAUGAGCGACUUCGAAGCUACGGCGCUAAGACCGGCGGAGAUCGCCGGAAGAGGAAGAGCUCUGGUGGCGGCGCGGCCUCUACGACCAGGCGAAGUCGUUUUGAGAGAGUCCCCUCUCCUCCUGUACUCCGCUUUCCCCUUCCUCUCAUCCGCUUCUCCAUCGUACUGCGGCCAUUGUUUCCAAUCUCUAGCUUCGUCUGCUCAGAAAUGCAGUGGUUGUUCUCUCGUCUUCUUCUGCAACCCUAAAUGCUUCUCCUCCCACACCCCUUGGCUCUGUGAAUCCCUCCGCCGUCUCCACAGCUACUCCUCCGCCGCGUUCUAUGAUCAACCACCGGAACGCCAAGUACAAGCUCGGUUCCUCCUCGCCGCCUACAAUCUCGCCGCCGUGUCUCCUUCCGAUUUCCAGGUAUUACUCUCUCUCCAAGGCGGGGGAGUUGGAGACCCUUCUUCUCCGGCGGAUUCUUCCGCCGCCGGAUUCCUUCACUCGCUCCUAUCCUCCGUGUGUCCGUCAUUGUCGGUACCCAUCUCGCCGGAGCAGACGGUGGCUCUCUUGGCGAAGGACAAGACCAACGCGUUCGGAUUGAUGGAGCCCUUCUCGCCGUCGGAGGAGAAGAGAUCAGUGCGCGCCUACGGGAUUUACCCGAAGGCGUCGUUCUUCAACCAUGAUUGUCUUCCAAAUGCUUGUAGGUUUGAUUAUGUAGACUCCGAUUCUGAUGGGAAUACUGAUAUCAUCAUUAGGAUGAUCCAUGAUGUUCCCGAGGGAAGAGAAGUAUGCUUGAGCUACUUCCCAGUGAAUCUAAACUACCCGAGCAGGCAGAAAAGAUUGCUCGAGGAUUACGGUUUCACCUGUGACUGUGACCGGUGCAAAGUGGAAGCUACUUGGUCUGAUAACGAUGAAGAAGAAGACGAGGCCAUGGACGAGGAGAACGACGAAGAAGAUGAAGAACAAGAAAUGGAGGGUUCAGACAAAAAGAAUGAAGAAGCUUCUAUGAAUGGUGGGGAUGAAUCGGAUUUUCCUCACGCAUACUUCUUCGUGAGAUAUAUGUGCAGUCGGGAGAAUUGCGGGGGCACUCUUGCUCCACUUCCCUCGGCCCCAUCGAUGAUUCUUGAGUGUAAUGUUUGUGGCAGUCUCAAGGAAGAUGAAGUGGGUGAUAAUCAAUGAGACCAAAAGGACUCGCCUUUAACAUUCUCAUCAUUUUUGCCAUGAGGCUUGAUCCGACAUGCGUUAGAUUCAAGAUUUAGCCGAAAUCCCAGACUCGAUCUUCAAAGGUAUGUGAAUGUGUGUCAGUGUGGUCCAAAUUAUUUUCAUGUUGUGGAUUUGAUGGAAAGGGUUGGGCAGGCGUUUCUGGCUUGGUUUGAUUCUGUUUAGUUGUGGUAAAACCCCGAGUUAAGGAUUCAGAACUUAGAUCAAUGUGUUGGUUUGGUAUGAAAACAUCAAGUGGAAUGGGCCAUAUAUGUUGUGUUAUGUUGUUA